AUGGAUUCAAUUCUGUGUGAUGAACUUGUUCAAGAAAUAUUCCGCCGCCUACCACCACCUUCCUCCGCCGCUGUUUCUUUAGUCUGUAAAAAGUGGCUCUAUCUUCUUCGUUCUUCAACUACUUCUCUUUCUUUAUGCUUUAUUCAACCCCCUUUUCUCCCUUCUUUUACUUCUUUUCUCCGUUUUCAUCCUUUUUUGUCUACUGUUUCUGUUACUGUUACAUCCACUGUCGAUUCUUCUGAUCAGUUGCUUUUAUCAGUAGCUUCUUCUUGUCCUAAAUUAAGGCAUCUUCGGUUCUUGAAUUGUCCUGUUUCUAGUUUGUCCUUGCUCUCUCUUUCUGCUUCUUGUCCUAAUCUUGUUUCUCUUGCUGUCACUCUUUUUAGGCCUCUUUGUUUCUUGUGGCUCACCCCUUUUAAGUCUCUUAAAGAACUGUCCAUUUAUUCAGCUGGAAAUUCAGGUGAAUUGGAUUCAGGGGGGUUGGAUUUUGUUGGACCUUGUGAGCUGAAUUUGGAGAGUCUUCUGUUGACUGGAAUACAAUCAAGCGAUAAGGGGGUUGGUUUUUUGUGGAGGAAUUGCAAAAAGGUGAGAACUUUGAAGCUGAAAAGCUGUGAAGGGGUUGGUGAUCAAGCUUCUUUUUUAGCAUUUCUUGAGUGUCUAGAGGGUCUUCAAGAAGUGGAGUUGAGAACUUGUAGGGGGAUUGCUGAUGGGGUUUUGUUGAAAUUGGCUGAGAGUUCUGUUAUGUUGAAUUCUUUGUUGCUUUAUGAUGGUGGUAGCAAGGAGGGGUUGCUUCAUUUCUUGGGCCAAAGUAAAUGUGGUGUUAGUUUACAGAAUCUUGAUUUAAGGUUGCCUCUUGAUCUUGACAACAAUCAUUUGACAGCUGCUGCUGAAAAUUUAGGGAGUUUGAGGAGUUUAAGGUUACAAAGUUGCUGUCUUGUUACUGGUGAAGGCUUAAAGAUUCUUGGAAAUGCUAUGGCUAAUGGCCUUGAAGAAUUGGCUUUGAUAAAUUGUGAUGUAGUGGAAAGAGAAUCUGGUUUGUUGACUACAUUAGGACAGGAUUUGAAAAGGUUAAGGAAAUUAGACUUGUCUUUUAAUGACAUGUUACUUGAUAAAGAACUCAUAUCAAUGCUGGUAUCCUGCAACAAUCUGAAUGAACUGAAGGUGAGGGGUUGCAAAAAGUUGACAAAUUUAGCUAUGGUUUCAUUGGCUAAGUGUUGCGAGAAAUUACAAAGUGUUGAUGUAAUGUAUUGUUGUGGGAUGGAUGCACAGGGUGUUGAGUUCUUUGUGUUGAAUUCACCAAAUUUAAGACUGUUACAUGUUGAGGGAAAUAAGGUUUCUGAUGUGGCUAGGACAUGGGCAUCACAUAAAAGCAUUGAAGUUGUUGCUUGA